AUGCGUUCCUCUUCCCUCAUUUCGGCUGCUGCCUUUUUCAAACUCAGCACAGCUGCCUAUACCCUGGAGGAUGACUACACGACGGACUUUUACAGCAAGUUCAACUUCUUCACUGGCUUCGUGAAGUAUGUCGACGAAGCUACCGCGAAGUCGACAAACCUCAUCAACGCGACCGCCAAGGGAGCGAAUUUUGGUGUCGAUGUUACAAACAAGACACCAGAGGGUCGACCCAGUAUCCGCCUAGAGAGCAAGAAGAAGUAUGAUACCGGGCUCAUCGUUCUGGAUGUCACACAUAUGCCCUUCGGCUGUGGUACCUGGCCAGCAUUCUGGACUUUUGGUCCAAACUGGCCAACGGGCGGCGAAAUUGAUAUCCUUGAGGGUGUCAAUGAGGCCACGCACAACGGUAUGACAUUGCAUACGGGCCCGGGCUGCUCGGUCGGACAGGACGUUUCCCAAUUCUCGGGCUCAGUUGUCACACCAAACUGUGACGUCGCCGCCGUGGGUCAGGGAAAGAAUGUAGGAUGCUCCAUCAAGGACCCAUCCCCACAGAGCUACGGCGCUGGUCUCAACGAGGCCGGUGGCGCAAUCUUCGCAACGGAGUGGAACUCAGCAGGCAUCAGUGUAUGGCGCUUCGAGCGCGGCUCCGCCCCUGCGGAUGUGCUUGGUGACGCCCCCGACCCAACCAAGUGGGGAAAGCCAAAUGCCAAGUUCGCCGGUGCCUGCAACAUUGAUCAAAUGUUCGCAGAGCAGCAGAUCAUCAUCGACACGACCUUCUGCGGAGAUUGGGCUGGAGCGGAGACCGUCUGGUCAAACGCCACGACCGGCUCGUGCGCAUCCAAAGCUCCAACCUGCAAGGACUGGGUCCGAGACAACCCGCAGGCAUUCACUGACGCAUACUGGGAGAUCGCCGCUUUGAAGGUUUACCAGAACGAUGGAGCUACUACCCCUGUAUCUCCUUCUGGCUCUGCGCUUCCCUCCGUCCCUGUGGCUCCUUCUGGUACUGUUCCCUCUGUCACUCCAGUCGUACCAACGCCCAGCCCUGCUACGCCUGAAGUACCUCCCCAGAACCCUGUUACCCCAGUCGUACCAACACCCAGCCCCGCUGCGCCUGAAGUUCCUCCUCAGAGCCCUGUUGUACCUGUAGUACCAACGCCUAGCCCUGCUGCACCCGAAGUCCCGCCCCAGAGCCCAGUCGUUGCUCCGAUCAAUGCGGCACCCUCUCCCGCACCGAAUGGCGAAAAUGGCAUGCCAGGCUGGAACUGGCCACAGGCUGGCAAGCGUCGUGGUGCCCCAACUCUUGGAUCAACCCCCGGAGCCACCUCUACUUCAGGCUCGUACCCGGCAGGACCAACAGCUGCUCGCAUGGCGAGGCGGCAGCAGGCUGGGAAGCGUGAUGCUUCAUCUUUCGGAGCCACCUCUACUUCAGGCUCGUACCCGGCAGGACCAACAGCUGCCCGCAUGGCGAGGCGGCAGCAGGCUGGCAAGCGUGAUGCUUCAUCUCUUGGAGCCACCUCUACUUCAGGCUCAUACCCUGCAGGACCAACAGCUGCUCGCAUGGCGAGACACAUCAUGGAUCACAGGCGCAGGGUGGCACAGCACCGCGCUCGCAUGUGA